AUGCCGGCCGCAAGGGAUAUCAAGCGUGCCCUGGCCCGCAUCAAUGCCGCAAUCCCGGCCCAAAAGAAGCUUGCCGCGGACCAUAGAAACAUCCGCUUGGGGCUAGAACGCAUAGAACGCAUAGUUCCCAAAUCGCAACCAUGGAAAGGAAUUCAUGUUGGCGGAACCAAUGGCAAGGGGUCCAUCUGUGCUCUGCUGGCUGCCAUGUUCAAGCAGGCUGGAAUUAGCCAUGGAACAUAUACAUCUCCUGCUAUUCCUGAGCGACAUCACGGUAUCACCAUCAAUGGCCUGUAUGUCAAUAAGAGAAUGUACGAAAUGGAACUGAAGCAUGUGCAGCAAGCAUAUAGCAAGCUCUCAACUAGAUGGACCUUUCAAACCGGAGAGGACCCCGGUGAAUUGACCCCCUUUGAAGUUGAAACAGCUACAGCUUUCCGUGUUUUUGACAAAAUGCAUGUCGAUUAUGGCAUCGUCGAAGUUGGAAUGGGUGGCGCUACUGAUGCCACCAAUGUUAUGCGACAAAAGGGUGUUACCGUCAUCUCCAAGAUUGGCCUGGAUCAUCAGGAGUAUCUGGGCAACACGGUGGAGGAAAUUGCCAAAGUUAAAGCUGGUAUUAUGCGUCCGGGAGUCCCUUGCGUAGUGGACUAUACUAAUGAAGUAUCUGUUCUGGAUAUUCUGCGAAAGCAUGCAGACGAAGUCGGCACACAAGUUACCUUGUCACGGAAGGCUGAGCUAGUUCUCUCCUCCAUUGAUACCGACCGAUUUCAGCUGGAACAGUAUGAGCGACAGAACCUUCUUUGUGCGUCGUUGGCGUUCAAGUCCCUCUUCCCAGAUCUUACUAUCGACGUCAACCGUCUACUUGCUACGAAGCCAUAUUUGCCAGGCAGAAAGGAGCUAGUUCACGUUACAGAUUUGACACACGGUGUCCGUGAAGAGCCUGUAUUUGUGGAUGGUGCUCACAAUAUGCUUGGGGUAACCAACCUGGCCAACUUUGUUGAUUCGAAGCUUCGCGAAGGAGACGCACCAGUCACUUGGAUUAUGGGACUCUCCGCUAGCAAGUCCAAACCGUUUGCUCAACUGUUGGAGACUCUGAUACGACCUCAAGAUAACUUUGCUUUUGUUGAGUACAUCCGCGGCCCAAACGACCCUGAGGCGGUACCCGCUGAGUUGGGCCGAGAUAUCGGUCGUGCUAUUGUAGCCAAGGACGAUCAGGUUUACGAAGGAGCCCCAAGUAUCACAUCUUCCAUGCAGUGGGCCAGCCAAAAGGCUGCUGGUGGACCCAUUAUCGUUACUGGAAGUUUAUAUCUUAUUCGCCAGUUUUACAGUCUGGAUGGUGUUGAGCGGCACCGCAAAAUGAAGACACACAGACCGGGGUUGUCACAACUUUGGUACUAUACAAGGCUAGCCCAGGAGCGAACCUUGACACCCGAAGAAGAGCGAGAAUUUAAGCAAGCUCGUCGCCACUGGCACCAGAACCCAUCGCGACAGGCCAAGCUCCGAGAAAUUGAAGACGACAAAGAUAGGACAUCUACCACGCCAAGCCAAGAUCUGAAGGCCUUGCAGGCCGAAGCGAGCUAUCACCGAAACCAGGCUGAGGGGUAUGCGAAAGGAAUUAACAGCAUGAAGAACGAUUUGAUGCAGCCCAACCGAGUGACCGGUACCGAAACGGGUAUCGAGGAGCUCCAGAAGCGUCGAAAGUAUCACGAAGCGCAAGCCCACGCUGCCAUGACCAAAGUCCGAGGACGUGCAGCAGACCCGAAUAAGAAGUAUAUGUCUUAUAAACAAAUCUUCGGUAUAACGCCCAAGAACAAGGCAUCGAAAAAGACUGUGGUGCGCAGCCCAAGCUUGGAGAAGACAACGUCCGCUCCCGCAUCUGAAUCGUCGAGCGGCGGACCAAAAGAUAAAUAA